CCCCUGUAGCUGGUGAUGCUAAAAAUGCUAAUGUUCCACCACCCACUCAGUUAACUAAAAUCAAGUACAGCGGUCCUCCAUAUAUUAAAAAAGAUAAACGACAAACUUCUUCAAGGUUUAAUGUCUCAAAAAACAGGGAACUUCAAAAACUGCCUCUUCUUAAAGAUGCACAACCAAAUGAAUGGGAAGACCUAUUCAUCCAAAAAUUGCGGCAAUGUUGUGUUUUGUUUGAUUUUGCGACGGAUCCCCUCAGUGACUUGAAAUACAAGGAAGUCAAGCGUGCGGCUUUAAAUGAGAUGUUAGAUUACAUAUUCACUCAGCGAGGAGUGAUAACUGAAGCCAUAUAUCCUGAAAUAGUGCAUAUGUUUAGUUGCAAUGUUUUUCGCACAUUGCCUCCUUCAUCAAAUCCAAGUGGUGCAGAAUUUGAUCCUGAAGAGGAUGAGCCAACGUUAGAAGCUGCCUGGCCACACCUUCAACUGGUUUAUGAAUUUUUUCUCAGAUUUCUUGAAUCACCUGACUUUCAACCAAAUAUUGUUAAGCGCUACAUUGAUCAAAAAUUUGUGCUACAGUUAUUGGAGUUAUUUGAUAGUGAAGAUCCUAGAGAAAGGGAUUUUUUAAAAACGACUUUGCAUAGAAUAUAUGGAAAAUUCCUGGGUCUCAGGGCAUACAUACGUAAACAAAUAAAUAAUAUUUUUUACAGGUUUAUCUAUGAAACGGAACAUCAUAAUGGCAUUGCGGAACUACUAGAGAUUUUAGGGAGCAUCAUCAAUGGUUUUGCUCUACCUUUGAAAGAGGAGCAUAAAGUUUUCCUAUUGAAGGUUCUAAUGCCUCUUCACAAAGUUAAGUCUCUAAGUGUGUACCAUCCGCAAUUAGCUUAUUGUGUCGUUCAGUUUCUAGAAAAAGAUCCAAGUUUAACAGAAUCCGUAGUAAACAGUUUAUUAAAGUUUUGGCCAAAAAUGCACAGUCCUAAAGAGGUGAUGUUUUUAAAUGAAUUAGAAGAAAUUUUGGAUGUCAUUGAGCCUGCUGAAUUUACAAAAGUAAUGGUGCCAUUGUUCCGGCAACUUGCAAAAUGCGUUUCUUCUCCACAUUUUCAGGUGGCAGAGCGUGCUUUGUAUUAUUGGAAUAAUGAAUACAUAAUGAGCCUGAUAAAUGACAAUGCUACUGUGUUGUUGCCUAUAAUGUUUCCUUCACUUUAUCGGAAUUCUAAAUCUCAUUGGAACAAAACAAUUCAUGGAUUGAUCUAUAAUGCUUUGAAACUUUUUAUGGAAAUGAAUCAAAAAUUAUUUGAUGAAUGUGUACAGAACUAUAAGCUGGACAAACACAGUGAGAAAAUAAAGAUGAAAGAAAGAGAAGAAACAUGGUCUAAAAUAGAAAGUUUAGCUUUAAAAAAUCCUAAAUUUAAAGAAAUAGCACCAUUAAAUCCCGAUAUUAUUAACAACUUGUCUGAAUCAGCUGUGCCUGAUUUACCAACUCCUGUUGAUGAAGAAUUUUUAAUGAAUUAUGAAAAAAUAGAAUAUGAAUCUAAAGGUGCAAAAAAACCCUUUCAAAAGGAAAAAACGCUUCUGCGUAGGAAAUCAGAACUGCCUCACGAUACAUUAACUCUCAAGGCUCUUAAUGACCAUAAGCGAGUUGAUGAAUAUCUUACACCUGCUCCCUCUGAAAGUAUUUGAAAAUAGCAAUAAUCUAGGAUGUUUUUAGCCAUCUAUUAAAAUUUCACUCAAGGUGCUCAAUGCUUAUUUACAUUCCUGUUGAGCAGACAUAAAAGUAAAAAGAAAAAAAAGACUUCUGCCCUUCCUGAUUGGUUGAUAUUUAAAAAUCAACCGUUUAUUUUUUAUUCUGAAGAUGCAGCAGUUCAAAGACUUUUUUCCCAUAGUGGAUGACAUAUAUGGAAAGCUCCUCAUCUCACUUUUUCUUUUCUAACUGAAAGUGCAAAUUGUAUCUUUAUUCAGUAUGUUUUGCCUAAGUUUGAUCAGACAGCAUUAGUUCAUGUCAUAGCCUACACUAAUACUCAUUUAUAAUGUGUAUGCAUUAAAAAUAUAUAUAAUGAUUGCUCAUCAGAGUCAUUCAUGUUAUGAAAAUUUUAUUUCAGUGUCAAGUGUAUGAAAAUCAUUAUAAAGAAACUGUUAAGUCGUCCUUCUUAUUUUCAUUUUAAACAAAUUUUUAUAUAUUCUGGUAUAUAACAAUGGUAAUUGAUUUUUCAGUUUUUAUGUAUUUAUUGAGUAAUAUUAAUAUUGAAAUAAAUUCUAAAAAAAUUGUGAAUAAGUAUGCGUAACUGAUACCAAGAUUGACAGUUUGAAACAUCUUCUUUGAGCUUAUAUGUUUGAAGGAAAUAUUACUCAGAGUAUGUUAUUUUUAUUGGUACUGCUCUUAGCUUUCUAAUCAAGCUUAUUGUUUCUAGUUCUUAAAUAUAUUAAGAAAGUGAUUUGUAAAGGUGUGACUUUUAUUUAGUAAAAUUAUACCAACUUAAGAAAACUUCAGAAGUGAAUUUUUGGUUUUUUAUGCACUCUUUUAGUACAGAGUAUGCAUUCCCCCUUUUUAAGUGUUUCUGUGAUAUAAUGGAUAAAGACAGUUAAUUCUUGAUUUAAUAUUUUGCAAUGAGUUUAGUUGCAUUUUGCAUAAAUCUAGGAAUCAAAGAAAAAAUUUGAUUAUAAUUUAUCUUCAAAUUAAAAGCACCUCUGCACUUUAAAACAAUAUGUUUUUUGCUUAGUUUCUUGUUGUAUGUUCCAAUAUUUGUCUAUUUCAUCCAUCAUUUAUCAGUUCUGAACUUGUAGUGCUCUUGCUUCAUUUAUUAACACUUAAUGCAAGUUUCUAUUAUUCAAGGACUUGCAUUGAUAAUCAUGCAUAUCUCAGUCAUAUAUUCAUGUGCCAUUUUAAGUCUUUAUGAAAUGUAUCAUCAGUUAUUGAAUGCAAUUUUUCAGCCAACCUUACCAUCAUCAUUAAGCUGGGGAAAUUAAGUCUAAAAUUUGCUGUAUUGCUUAUGACUCGUGUACAGUCUUGUGAAUACUUUGAAAUUAGUGCUUGAUCUGAGAGGUGAUUGUUUAUUAAAAAAAUUGAAAAGAGGAAAAAAUGCUGAAUAUUUAGGUUUUCAAAACUGUAGGAGCUUGUCGAUAUUAUGCUUCAUUCAGCAUUUUACUGUAAAUAUGCAAAACACGUUUGAAUAUUAUAUCUUGUGUUAUUUAAAGAUUUUUAUAUUGUAAGACUGCAAUAGUAAAAAUAUUUUUUUAAUUUCUUACAAAAGUACGUAUGCAUCCUAAAUAUUAUGCUUUUUAAUAUCUGGAAGUAAAAAAAAAAAACUGAUAGAGGUCUUCUGAUUUCUAGUUUAUAUACAUAAUUUGAUGUAGAGAGUAUAUUAAAUGACAGUAACAUAUGAACAUUUUUCACGUGCGGUUAUGUAGAUGGCACUUUGUUCAGCACAUGUGUUAAGUAUUGCUGUCUGUUCUCUUUAUGCAUAAGGAAAAUUUUAGGAUGCCACAAUACAGAAUCUAGUAUUAAAAAAAUAUAAUGCAGUCAAAACCUUGAUUUAGGAAUUGUUAAAGGACUGUUGAAAAUUAUCAUUAAAUUAAAGCAUUAUCAUAAUUCAAUUUCAAUUCUGUUAUAAAAUGCUAAAUUUUUUAUUUACAUUUAUCAGUUACCCAGCUUUCUUUAUGCUAAGCACAUAUACAACAAAAAUAUUACUUGAAAAAACAUUUUAAUGCAUAAUUUUUUAUAUUUUGGGUUGGACCAAUGAAACCCAUUAUUAAAUUGGGUUUGGAACUUCUGAUUUUUAUAAACAAAAUUAUUAUUUGUGUAAUAUUGUUGCAUUAUAAUAAAAGUCCAUGUCAUCAAAAUUUCUUUUCGAGGGGGGAGGUAUUUAUUAAUAGUAUUUAGUAGCAGUUACAUAUAAAUCUGUUAUUUUAUUAUUGUAAUUUUAUGGAUAUUGCAUGCAUAAAUAUUAUGUUACUAAUUUUUUGAACAUGUAUAUAUGUAUGUAAAGCAUAACAAAAACUUAAUUACUUUUGAUCAGAUUUUUUAAAUCUCUAUCUACAUUUUAUCAUGCAGUUGGAUAAGGUUCAAAAUAUUUCUUUGAAAUACAAGUUUAUAAACAAUCAAUAUUUUUUUCCUCUAAACUAUCCACAUUGGUAAAAUUUUAAGUCUAGUAGUUUAACAUGUAGUUGCUUGUUUUUGUUAAACUUUGUUUACAUACUGAAAGUCUGUUAUAUAAUAAGCUGGAUUAUUUUUGAUAUCUUGCCCUGUUAAUUUUACAUAAUCAUAUUUCAUACUCAGCUCUUUAUAAAUGGAGAAUGUAUAUGUGUGUAUAUAUAUAAAUACAUAUGGAAAUAUACAUGCUAUCUAUGAAGGACCACAUUUAUUUGAUACUUUGUAAUAAGAUCAGCAGUUAGUGUUACAUAGCAAUACAAUUUCAUUGUAAACAGUAGAUAUUCUGUUUCGAGAUUUCUUUCAUCUGUAUGUAAAUUAAGGGUUGUGGUAUGACUUUUGGGGUUUGUAAAACAGAUUUCACAAAGAAUGUAAAAUAAAGAUGUAUGUUUCUUUAGAAUAACAAUUUAAUUAAUAGCUUGCUGAAAUUUGUGAUGUCUGUUUUACCUGGGGGGGGACGAAAAUAUAUGACCAUAUAUAUAUAUAUAUAUAUAUAUAUUGCUGGUUUUUUUUCCCCCACAUUUAUUUUGUUUAUAGUUUCUGAAAAUUUGAAAUGCUUUUAAUUUUGUGUAAAAAAUAAUUUAAAAUUAGUUUAUAUUGCAAAAAACACAAGAUUUAUUAGACUGAACUGUAGAAAAUGUACAUGUAAAUUUAUGUAUCAAGAAUUUACAAAUCUUAACAUUUGAAGACUGUAGAGAUUUAAUAUCAAAAUUAGUAUUUCAAGAAAUUGUGGAAAUAUGUAAUCAUUUACUGAUUAUGUUAGUAAAACAUGAAGAGAAACAUAUAGCUUUAAAGAAUCUUUGAUACAUUUGAUUGGAUUAAAUGAUAUUUUUAAAUAAAAAGUUUUUUUUUUUUUUUUUUUUUUAAUUUUGUAGUACCUAAUACAUAAUACAGUUUUAUGGAAGUACUGAAUAGCUACUGUUAUAUGUAUUUGUUUUAUAUUCUGUAUUACAACUUUAUUAACAAGUGCAGAAAAAAGGAGACAUCAUAUUAAUCCAGCUAUUGCAUGUUGAAUUUGCUAAGGUUUUUAGAUGUUAGUAAUUUAGUUUUUGUAUUCAUCUGUAACAAAUAUUCAUGUAUGCAUAUUUGUCUGUAGGGCUAUAAAAGGACUGCUGUCAAAAAUAAUUCUUGAGGCCAGUUUCUGCAAGAUAGACUUUAGUUCAUUAGCUUUGGGACUAUUUUGAAUAGGAACUGGAAAAUGUGGAAAAUAUUAUUCAGUUAAAUCAUCAAAAAUACUGUUAGUAACUCAAUGUGAAUGAUGUGCAAUGACUUCAUUCGUAAUGUUGAAGUUCGUUGGUUAACUGUUGCAUAUUUUUUUAAUUGCUACGUAAGUCCUGCAAAAAGAUUGCAGUACAAUAAAUUCAUUGAUUGUAA